UCAAUGUCACGAAGAUGUCCAAGAUCAGCGGACUGGUGCUUCGUGGAGUGGUUCACCAUCGGAACAGUGCAGUGAUCGCGGCGAGGAUGUUCAGCAGUGAAAGCCCGAUCGUUGACCUACCGGGGUUAGGAUCGCUGAAGGGUUCUACCACAACGGGAGCAUGGUCCGGUACCAAGAUCCUCCAGUUCUUGAACGUUCGGUACGGUGAACCAGCGAACGGAACAGCUCGUUUCAAGCCGACAAUCCCAGCGAAACCGUGGACGGGUGUUCUCGACGUGUCCAGCCCCAAGUUGGGAUCUCCAGUGUACCACGACAUGAAGCACUACAGCCCGGAGCAGCUCUCCGGAAACCUCGAGGAUUGCAUCAACCUGUGCGUCUACACGAAGGAUACCACAGCCAAGAAGCCAGUGAUCGUGUACAUCCACGGUGGAAUGUUCUACGACGGUGCCGCGUCCCACUACCCGCCGAACUACCUCAUGGAGAAGGACGUAGUCCUUGUCGUACCCCAGUAUCGACUGGGACCGCUAGGAUUCCUCUCAACCAAAACCAAGACCAUCCCAGGUAACGCCGGCAUCCACGACGUGAUCAUGGCCUUCGAGUGGGUUCAAAAGUACAUUGAGCACUUUGGCGGAGAUCCCAACCAGGUGACCGCCAUGACCCAGUCCUCCGGAGCUUCCAUGGUCAGCUCGAUGCUGUACAGUCCGGCGAUAGAUACGGAAAAGUUGUUCCACAAGCUGAUUCUUCAGUCGGGAUGCUGCUUUAGCUCCUGGACCUACGAUCCGCAUCCGGAUGAGAACGCACGGGAUAUGGCGGAACUUGCCGGUUGCAGUCCGAAGGCUUCGAUGGAGGAAGUGGAACGGUUUCUGCUGGAAUUGGACGUUCGGGAGUUGAUGAGGGCGUUCUCGAAGCAUUACCGCAUUAUGAUCGCCAAAACCGGAGUCAACGAGGUCGGAGGUUGCCGGUUGACGGUCGGUUGCCCACAUGGCCUCUACCCAACAAAUCCGUACUUCGCCAUGAGGAGGGGCAAGGCUCGCAAAAACCUUCCCAUGCUGAUCGGAACGGUCAAGCACGACGGGACGUUCGCUCUGCUCGAUAGUUUCCUCUUUCUGAAGGCCAAGAAGCUGCUCGGAAGCAAGGACGUCAACUCGUACUCGAUGAUCGACGAGCUGAACCAGAUCAUGGGCAUGGACGACCCUACCUGCGUUGGGCGAUCGCUUCAGACGGCGUUGUUCUACAAGCAGGAAGAUUUGGCCUCGGGAGAUCUACUCCGGCUGAUUCCAAGCAUGUCGGAUCACGCCGCAACCUGCCUCUUAAAAGGUCCAGUCUUGAAGCAAGCCCAACUCAACGCUCUGCACCAACCCAACCAGACCUUCCUGUACUCGUUCGACUACACCGGAGAGCACACCCGCUUCGGGUUCGGCGUCGACACCGAUCAAUUCCCCUUUUCCGGCGGAGUUCACCACAGCGAUGAUCUGCAGUACCUGUUUCCGUACCCGAAGGCAGCGGCCCAGCUGAACGAGCGCGAUACGGUCAUCGCCAAGCGGAUGGUCGACCUGUGGACUUCUUUUGCGAUCAGCGGAGUGCCGCAGGCGGAACAGGUUCCAGAGUGGCCAGCUAUGAGCGCGGUGUGUGGGCCGUACCUGCGGAUCAACGAGGAGUGUACCGUUGGGCAGAACUACGUGGAGCAGUUUACGGCCACGAUGGAUGAUCCGACGGCGAUUGCGAAGAAGCCGAAAAAGGCGGCUAAAAUGUGAGAUGGAGUUAAGUUUGUUUUAAAAGUUA